AUGUCCCAAUACAGUCCUAACAGCGGUGGAGGCUUUGCGCCUAGCGGAAGCCAAGGCAGUCCAGGUCAAAAACCUGCACAGACAAUCCGACCAGUCACCAUAGCCCAACUGCGUAAGGCAACUCAGAUGCAUUCGGACGCGGAGUGGAAGUUGGAUGAUAAAACCAUUGGCCAAAUCACACUUGUUGCCGAAGUUCGCGAGCAUCGCGUCCAAAGUACCCAUCGUGGCUUCCUCUUGGACGACGGCACCGCAACGAUGAGUGGCAAGCUCUGGAUCGACACUCCUCCUGAUCAACAAGAAUUACCGUUUCGCGGAGCAAGCAUAAACGAGUCUCACCACUUCCGUAUUACGGGAAAUCUUCGCUCCCACAGUGGCAAAAAAUACGUUCACGUCAGCAAUAUGCGGCUCGUAACAGAUAUGAACGAAAUUUACUAUCAUAUCAUGGAGACAAUUUAUGUGCAUGUCGCGCUUCAAAAAGGCCUGCCAUCGUCCCCCAUCCCAAUCUCGUCUGAUCAAAGUAGUGGUACUGGGGCACAGGCAUAUACGGUCCAGUCCCGUCCAGCUGCUAGCCAAAAGCUGUUCUCUUCGCUGGCAGAUCAGGUUGCGCACUAUUUGACAACUCACCCAGCGGAAGCAGAAGGUGUCAAUGUCGGCGACAUCGCCAGGGCUAUCCAGUGCAACGCAGCAGACUUGAGCGACGUGGUGGAGCGGAUGAUCGACGAAGGACAUGUCUACACUACAAUAGACGACUCACAUAUCCAGCUUGCUAACUAG